AUAAUCCAUUGUCUGUAACAGGUUCAGGCUGACACAAGUGCCUGCUGCUUAUUCUGCGCUGGUCCUGCUCUGGAUUAAAGUCUGGCUGUGGGUGCAGGGCACUUAUUGGGUUAAGCCAGUGUUCCUCCUCUCUGCUGGGUUUGCCUGCUCAGGAAUGAUGCGAGCUUUGGGGAAUCCAAGUUGCUGGCUCAUCUGCUGGCUCCCUGUCUUCUGUUAGGAGGGAGCAUCAUCUCUGAGAUCACAGACAGAAGACAGAAAGGGAUACUAUGGACUGAUCCUAUGCCCAUCACCAUGGAGUUUAUAGCAGGCAUAAUCUGCAUUAUUGUCUGCCUCAAGCCAGUUGCAGGAUUUGGUGUGGACCCCUCCCUACAGAUUGACAUCCUAGAGGAGCUCCAGCUGGGGGAGGCCACUCUUGGAGUACAGCAGGUUCAAGGACUUCACAACAGAAGCAAAGCCUUCCUUUUCCAAGAUUCUUCAAGAAAUGUAAAAGCUUCUUCUGUUUCAUCAGAAAACCUUUUUCAGAAACUGAGGAAUAAACAUGAAUUCACUGUGUUGGUGACUUUGAAGCAGACUGUUUUAAAUUCAGGUGUUAUUCUUUCUAUUCAUCAAUCAGAUCACAGGUAUCUUGAGCUUGAAAGUAGUGGCCAUCGAAAUGAAAUCAGAUUACAUUACCGCUCAGGGAGUCAUCGAUCGCAGACAGAAGUAUUUCCCUAUAUUUUGGCAGAUGACAAAUGGCAUAGAUUUUCCUUGGCUAUCAGCGCUUCUCACCUGGUUUUACAUGUGGAUUGUAACAAGAUUUAUGAAAGAGUUGUGGAAAUGCCUUACAUGGAUAUUCCAUCUGGAACAACUUUAUGGGUUGGUCAAAGAAACAAUGCACAUGGUUAUUUCAAGGGGAUCAUGCAAGAUCUUCAGAUCCUUAUCAUGCCACAAGGAUUUAUCUCCCAGUGCCCCGAUCUUAACCGCACGUGCCCAACAUGCAAUGAUUUCCAUGGACUUGUGCAGAAAAUUAUGGAACUACAAGACAUUUUAGCAAAAACAUCAGCCAAGCUGUCAAGAGCUGAGCAGAGGAUGAAUAGGUUAGAUCAAUGCUACUGUGAAAGAUCUUGCACUGUAAAGGGCAAUGUCUACAGAGAGCUGGAGUCCUGGACAGAUGGCUGUAAGAAGUGUAUAUGCAUGAAUGGGACUGUUCAGUGUGAAACAUUAGUCUGUACCGAACCAACGUGUCCAGCUUAUUCUGCACCUGCAUUCACGAUUGGCAAAUGUUGUAAAGAAUGCCAAGCCGUAUGUGUAUACCAAGGCCAACUGUAUUUUGAAGCAGAGAACCAAGCCGUCUAUUCUAGUUCUGGAGCAUGCACACUGCUCCAAUGCAAGAACAACAAAAUGCAACGUGCUGAGUUUCCAGAAUGUAUGCCUGCCAACUGUCCACAAUCCCAGCAAAUACUACUGAAGAACAGCUGCUGCAAAGUCUGCAAAGGUUAUGACUUUUGCUCGGAAGGACAUAAUUGCAUGGAGUACUCAGUCUGCAAAAAUCUAGAUGACAAAGCUGUUUGCAUCUGUCGUGAAGGAUUCCGGGCUCUUAGAGAAGACAAUGCAUACUGUGAAGAUAUUGAUGAGUGUGCUGAAGGUCGCCACUACUGUCGGGAGAAUACUAUUUGUGUGAAUACACCAGGAUCAUUCAUGUGCAUUUGCCAAACAGGCUACAUUAAAAUUGAUGACUAUUCCUGCACAGAACACAAUGAGUGUGCAACAAACCAGCACAGCUGUGAUGAAAAUGCAUUGUGUUUUAAUACUGUGGGUGGGCACAACUGUGUAUGCCAGCCAGGAUACACUGGAAAUGGAACAAUCUGUAAAGCUUUUUGCAAGGAAGGCUGUAGGAAUGGAGGGACCUGCAUUGCUCCCAAUAUGUGCGCUUGCCCUCAAGGCUUUACUGGACCAAGCUGUGAAACAGACAUUGAUGAAUGUGCCGAAGGAUUUGUUCAGUGUGACAGCCGUGCUAACUGCAUUAACCUACCAGGGUGGUACCACUGUGAAUGCAGAGACGGCUACCAUGACAAUGGGAUGUUCUCUCUGGGGGGAGAGUCAUGUGAAGACAUUGAUGAAUGUGCUACGGGAAGACACAGCUGCAGUAAUGAUACUGUUUGCUUCAAUUUGGAUGGUGGAUAUGAUUGUCGCUGUCCACAUGGAAAAAACUGUUCUGGUGAUUGUAUACAUGAGGACAAAAUCAAGCAUAAUGGCCAAAUCUGGGUGUUGGAAAACGAUCGGUGCUCAGUAUGUUCAUGCCAGGUGGGGUUGGUAAUGUGUCGUCGUAUGGUAUGUGACUGUGAAAACCCAACGGUUGAUUUAUUUUGCUGCCCUGAAUGCGAUCCACGACUUAGUAGUCAAUGUCUGCAUCAAAGUGGAGACAUUACAUAUAAAAGUGGAGACACCUGGGUACAGAACUGUCAGCAGUGCAGAUGCUUGCAAGGAGAGGUAGAUUGCUGGCCAUUGCCUUGCCCAGAAGUUGACUGUGAGUUUAGCGUGGUUCCCGAGAGUGAGUGCUGUCCACGUUGUAUCAACGACCCCUGCCAAGCCGACAUAAUACGCAAUGACAUCACAAAAACAUGUGUUGAUGAAACAAAUGUAGUUCGCUUUACAGGCUCUUCUUGGAUAAAACAUGGCACCGAGUGCACCCUUUGUCAAUGCAAGAAUGGCCAUAUGUGUUGCUCUGUAGAUCCACAGUGCCUUCAGGAGCUGUGAUGGUAACCAACUCCUACAGAAGGUUCAUGGAUUAAGAAUGUUUUUCUCAUAAAAGACCUUACACCAAAAAACAAAUUACAUAAUUUGAACUGAUGUAUUAUAGUGUGCAGACAAAUGUCUCGGUUGAAGAAGAAUAACAAUCAGGUUACGGGAGGUUUUACCUUUGAUUUUGUGAAACUUGAGGCCAAAUAUAAAACAGUUGCCACUGACCUUUUUUGUACAUGAUGCCUUUUUGGAAUCUAGUACAUAACCAUAUUUUAUAAAUGAGAGGAUCAACCAAACAUUAAAUGUAUUAAAUGAAUGCAACUGUUCAUGUAUAAAGAUGAAUCUAAGCACCUUUUCAUAAGAUUUUAUGCCAGCUAUUGCUUGAAAACAAUGGAUGACCUGGAAAAUAGUAUUACACACCAUUUCUCAUGUUUCUAGAAAUAAAAAUAGAAUGUGCCACCGCUCUGUGCACUAAGUCCUCAAACAUGGACUUUAAUGGAUCUGUGAAAAUGACGUCACUCUUCAUCAACUGCACAUAAUUUUCUCACCGAAAUAUUUUAUUACAUAUUGUAGAAAGUGUUUUUGCAAAUGAUAACAAAAAGAUUUAAGAUAUAUCGUGUUAUGGGCACCUCAUACUCCUUGGUAAACAGAUAUUUAUGUACUGGCAUGGUAAACAAAUGUGUUUUGAGGGGAAACUUACCAUCCAUGUUUUCUUUUUUUGAACUUAUUUCUUGAUUGGAUUGGUUUAGUAUAAUCGUGUUCUUGUGAAGAUUUAAAUAAAUGUUUCUCUUACAUAUGA